UAUAGUUGUUGAAUUAUUUAUUUUGAUAAUUAAUGUUAGUUAUUAUUCUCACAUUGUUCUAUUCAUUUUUAUUUGCUGAUUACUUUCGAUGUGCGGAAGGUUGGGGCAGUCGAUAUUUUGCUAUUUCCACUUCUGCUUCGGCGUAACUGAAGCGGUUGAAUGAAUAAUAUUCCGGGACUUUAUAUUCACCAUUCUGAGAAGCACCGGGACCGAGUGGACCGGAUGCUAGUUUGACGAUGUUGCUGCUCAGUCCUGGCACAUUGGGAUUAACACCAUCACUACCUCCUGGUCCCUUCGGAGGUUUUACUCCAGCCAUAUCCUGUGCCGCCUGGUUAUAGCCUCGACGUACAAUGCUACACAAUGAACGGGAUCGGUGGAACAUAUUAAAUAUUUACUAUUAAUUUUUGCGAAUUUGAAAACAAUUUCACUUUGCCCGUGCGAAUCACGUAAUCACAGCUGAUAAAUGUCAGAAUGUACACAGUGAUUCAAAUAUUCAAUCGAUUUUUUUUAUCGGAUAUAUUAAAUCGAUGUUAUAAUUGAAUUAUUAUUAUUGUUAAAAUAUAUGUAUUAUCUUUGAUAAAAUUAUAGAUAUGUACAAUAAUGUAUUCAAUUUAUUUAUUUUUCUUCAGUUUUGGCUUUGCAACUCCAUAAUUUUGGUCUAUUGCUGUUACAGGUGCACGUUUCUUUUGUUGCUUCUCCAACUUGGUUUUACUUCGACAUUUAACAGAUGCCGCACCAGUCUGAGUUUUGCCUAACUGAUGAAAUUUCUUUCUUUCCUCACGUAUGAUCUUUAAACGCUUGCGUUCAUCCAAAAGGUCCUUGUAAUUUUUGUAUGGUUUCUUUGGUGCCUUUCCUCCCAUCUUCAUGAGCUGGAACAUUUCCAUUUUUUUUUUGUUUUUGGCAACGCGUUGAUUAUUCAUGGCAAACCGAAGAACCUCGUUGCGUGCAUUCUUAAUAUCGAACUCUUCUGCUACAUCUUUAGUGUUACAUCUUUUGGAGACACCGCUUCCUGACAUCUUGUUGUAUUCCUGUACAUCAUCGUUUGAUUUAUCAGGAUCUUCAAAUACUGUAGCCUGAAAUUUAUUGGGCUGUUUCUUUUGUUGUAGUACUAAAGCUGCACGAGUUGGAACCGGCUUGAAAUACGUAACACCGUUCAUUACCCUUCCAGAUUUUCUCCUCGUUUGUUUACCUCUAUAUUGUGAUUGUUGCUUUCUUCACUCAGUACACGGUAAAACGUGUUGAUCACAAUUUGUAGUUGCCAACUAAUAAAAAGAUAAAUUAAAACUGAAUUAUUAUAUAAAACUUGUUAUUACAUCAAGAUAAAUAUAAAAUAAUGUAUCGCUAACAUAAAUAUUCAUAAUUAUGUAUAAAAAACUUUACAUGUUUAGACAAAACGUAAUAUUUUUAAGAAGAAAAAUAAAACCUUAAAAGAUUGGUAACACAUUUUUAUGAAAUUGUUGUUGCACUACACCUUGUAUUACUUUUUUCCUCACGUUUACUAAUCAAAUUUUGUUGUACAGAUUAUUACAUUAAAAUUACUAUUUAAUAAAAUUCGCAUAUUGGGAAUAACUAAAUUACACAAAUAUAAAUCUACUUUAUUUGCUGAGGCUUACUUGCGUAAAAUGGCCACGGCUGUGGGUUCAGCCGCAACUGUUGCAAAUCCUGGAGCUAUACGUAGCCAAAUAUCCAAGGAGCUGCGUGCAAAGGCUAACGAUUUCCUUAAUUCACGACGUAAUGCUAACAAUCUUUUGGAUAUCAUUGGACAUUUUGAGCAUUGCGUUAAAGAAAAUCAAUCUAUUACUGCCGCUUUGUUGACCUUGGAAGUUGUAUUCGUUGAAUUGUUAAAGCGGCGAGAAAUGUGUAUAGCGGGUGUGCCUCUGAAACCUAAAGACGAAAAUGCAGAGACCAAAUACCGCGAAUGGCUGCGACAACGUUACGAGGAAGCAAUGAGUUUAAUACUUAGCUCCAUUGAAAGUGAAAAACAAGCAGAAGCGGCACAAGCCUUGGUAUCUAGCAUGAAGUUAUUGGCAGCAGAAGGCAAACAUCCCUUAGAUAAGUCGGAUGAACCUUGUAAAUUUCCUAAGCAACGUCUACGUAGUAUUCUACAGAAGUUAGUAUCUGCAACGAAAUCACAAAGCACUCUGCUAGAGCGCUUCAAAGAGUAUUCCGAAUAUUUGGAUGUGGUGUUCUACAGUUGGAAAUUGAUGCAACAACUAGCUACACGGGCUGCUUUUGCUAAUGACGUUUUUGCAUGUAACUAUUUGGAACUUAUUAAUGUUUUGCCUGUGACCAAAGACCUGCAUGAUCAAAAAAAGCUAUUGUGCAUAACUCAAUCUAGCGAAGAAUCCUCACAACCUGAAUGUUUUGACUACGCGCCAAUAAAAAAAUGUAUUAACAAGGUAUGGAUGUGCCUAAUGCAGUGGACCGACGGUGUACAGGAGCCUGUGCAUAGACAAAUGCUUAUCAUAUUGUUGGAGCGAGUUUUGCCACACUUGGAAAAACCUAUACUGUUAACAGAUUUUCUCAUGGACUCACUUGAUUGCGGUGGUCCCGUUAGCUUACUUGCAUUGCAAGGCAUUUUCACUCUGAUACAGAAGCAUAAUAUUACAUAUCCAAAUAUUUAUGAAAAGCUGUAUUCUAUGUUUGAACCAGAAAUUUUCCAUACCAAAUUUAAGGCACGUCUUUUUUAUCUGGCGGACAUUUUCUUAAGCUCAACACAUUUGCCAGAAAAUUUAGUAGCCUCAUUUGUUAAACGCUUGGCACGAUUAAGUCUAAUCGCACCGCCACAAGACUCUAUUAUUAUUUUACAUUUUAUUGGCAAUUUGAUAUUACGUCAUCCUGGCUUAAAACGGCUCAUUUGCGCUCAGGCCGUCAUUGAAGUUUCGCGCGACCCCUUCAUCAUGGAGGAACGUGAUCCAACAAAGUCAAAUGCGUUAGAUAGUUCAUUAUGGGAAGUGGUAUCAUUACAGAGGCAUGCAAUCCCAGCAGUGGCAAAUGCGGCACGUUUUAUAUCCCAACCUUUACCAACUACUGAGUGGGACUUGUCUUCUGUACUAGAAUUGAAAGAAGAUGAUAUUUUUGAUCAGGAGAUCGGCAAAAAGAGCAAACAGUAUGCUUUAGCUUUUGAACGCCCACAGUCUUUAUAUUUACCACAUGAUGACAAAGUGAAACAGUACUGGAAACUAUUCUAAAUAUUACAUAAAUACGUAUGUAUAUGUAUAUAUCUACAUAGAUAUGCCGCACUUUGAGCUGCGGUUGUGGUAGCCUGUUGCAGAGCUGCCUUCUUUGAUGAGGAGAUGAUUUUCUUCACACUGUGAACUCGUUUUAGGAUUUGACAUUAAAUACACUUGAAUUCGUCUGUAUAUUUAAAUCAAUUUAGUCGUCGUGUUUAUAUAUAAUAAAAAGUGUAAUAAAAAGGCUAUAUAUUGUUCAAUAAAAAACUUACUUGUAUAAGGUUCAAA